AUGGAUCCAGAUUCCGACGCUCGGGAGGUGUGCAGUUUGCCUGCAUUGCGUCACAACGGGGAGCAGAGGAGCAGGGAGAGAAGGGAGACAGGAGAGGAGAGGAGAGGGAGUAGGCCUUUUGCGAAUGCUGAAACACACAUAGGCACUGACAAGAGAGGAAGUGCAUCAGUCAUAGCACAACCCACACAGCACGUUUUCAACAGACUAAAUAUUGGUGCAGUACAGCAAAGUUCACAGGCGAGAAUUCAUUCAUCCGGGCUGCUUCUUACAGAUAUACAGUGCAGAAUGUGCAUCAACGGUACGACUCUGUCUACAGAUAUCACUCAGGGUGCAGGCUAUGGUCUGUUGUUUCUUCUGGGUUUUCUUGUCAAUGCCGCUGUUCUGUAUACCUUCCUUGUCAAACGGCACUCCUGGACAGACACUCACGUGUACAUGCUGAACUUGGCCCUGGCCGAUUUCGCCCUCGUUCUCUUUCUCCCCUUCAGGAUUUAUGAUGCCUUUUUCUGUCUGCCAAAGACUCUUUUGUGUACGUUCCUUAUUUUCAUUCAUUUCGUCAACAUGUAUGCCAGCAUCUUUACCACCACAGCCAUCAGUGUCCAUCGCUACCUGGCAGUAAGGUUUCCACUGCAGGCCAGAUCAUGGAGGAGGAAGAAGGAGACGGCUGUCGCUGUGUGUGUGACGAUCUGGCUACUUCUGGUGACAGGGUGUGCUUUAUUCUGGAAAGAAAACAGGCCUGAAAUGCUCUGGACAUGCUAUGAACGAAGCAAAGACACGCCACUGAAUGGAUUUUUGAUAGGGCUCCUGGUGUUUGUAGGCUUCCUCGUUCCACUCCUGAUCGUUGUAUUUUGUUCUAGUCAAAUCAUCUGUGUUUUGUUAAAGAUGCCUGACAUGUCAGAUGAGAAGAAAAGUAUCGUUGGCAUAGUAAAAGCAAACAUGAUUGUAUUUAUUGUCUGUUACACUCCAAUCCACAUUGCCUUUCUCUUGAACUACUUUCAAGAUGUACCUCCAAAUUGGAAAACUUUUUACAUUCCCGGUCACAUCUAUCUUAUCCUGGCUGAGAUCCACCAGCUCUCCCAGCUCCCCUCGCUCAAGGGCUCCCCUCAGCAUAGCCCUGCUCAGGACAGGGUUGUGUUGCUGGGAUAUGUAAGACUGACCACUGGGCGGAGGCAUGGGAGGUGGGGGCAGGGGUACAGGGACCAUGCCGUGACUGCUGAGGAUGUAUCCUUCCUGGGCCGGCCAGCGCAGAGGCAGUGGCUCGCUGUAUUCCACGGGGGCACUGGGGGCUGA